GAGAGCGCCCCAGAGCAGUCGCGGGGCGGGCCGGUGAUUGUAGUCAAUCGGCCCAAAUCCUCCGCCUUAGUCGCUGUCGACAGACUACAUCUCCCGGGAUGCUCCGCGAUCCCUCGCAGACCAUAGUGAAUAUGUAUCAGAAUGUUAAUGAUUAGCUGCUGCUAAAUUUGGUCAAAGAAGUCACCUACACAGAGCGUGUUGUUAGAGCUGUUCUGAGCGGGUGUUUGGGCUUUUGGCUGAUUUCUUCCCCCCUCUCUCACACACUUGUAUAUUAUUUUGAGGUGGCGUUCGCAGAGUUUGAAAGGAGAGAGAAUAAAAAAAAAAAAGCCGCAAGCGUUUCACUCUUAUUUUUAUAAUCCCCUUCAAUUUGGGGUUAAAAAAAACAGGAAGGAAGAAAAAUAAGGAAAUGAGAUGUGGUAAAAGAAGCUAAAAGGUGCCUUUUAAAAGAUCGUUGCUGUGAAGUGAAAAAAAAAAAAAUCUCCGAGAAACUAAAAAGCACCGCCGAGACCUCUUCCGAACCAGAGGAGUUUGUGUUUGCUUUUAGCAAAGAAGAGAGAUCAUUCAUUCGGAGGAAUAACAACCAAUUAAAAGACAAAUAAAAAGUUUGGAGCAGGGCGCCGAGCGAGCGGGCCAGCGGCGCUGCCAGGGGGUGGCCGGGCGAGGAGCUCGCACUUGCCGGCCGAGCGGAGACGGGGCACCGGCGCGGGGCUCGGCGGACGCCUCGGCGGAGCGGGCGGCGGAGCGUGGUCGCAGGAGACGCGCCGGACGAUGCCUGCGGCGGGCAAGUGACGCCCGCGGGGAAUGCGGAGCGGCCCGGGCGCCGGGAGCCAGCCGCCGCGCGUCCCUCCGGCCCGCGUCACGCCAGAGCCGCCGGGACCAGGACUGCCCGCGCUGCCCUCGGACCUGGCGGCCGCCUGUGCCGCCGCCGCUUCAGGACCAUUGAAGCCAAUGAGCCGCGCGCCUCUGCCUAGAGCAGCCAACUAAAUCUGUUUGGAUGAUUCGCGACCUGAGCAAGAUGUAUCCGCAGACCAGACACCCGGCACCCCAUCAGCCUGCUCAACCCUUUAAAUUUACAAUUUCCGAGUCCUGUGAUCGGAUUAAGGAAGAGUUUCAGUUUUUACAGGCCCAAUACCACAGCCUGAAGCUGGAGUGCGAGAAACUAGCGAGUGAGAAGACAGAGAUGCAACGGCAUUAUGUCAUGUAUUAUGAAAUGUCCUAUGGGUUGAAUAUAGAAAUGCAUAAGCAGGCAGAGAUUGUCAAGAGGCUGAAUGCUAUCUGUGCACAAGUCAUUCCUUUCCUGUCCCAAGAGCACCAGCAACAAGUGGUGCAGGCUGUGGAACGGGCCAAGCAGGUGACCAUGGCAGAGCUGAACGCCAUCAUUGGGCAACAACUCCAGGCCCAGCAUUUGUCACAUGGACACGGUCUGCCGGUGCCCCUGACACCACACCCUUCAGGCCUUCAGCCUCCUGCCAUUCCGCCCAUCGGGAGCAGUGCCGGGCUCCUGGCUCUGUCCAGUGCCCUGGGAGGCCAGUCCCACCUUCCAAUUAAAGAUGAGAAGAAGCACCAUGACAAUGAUCACCAAAGAGACAGAGACUCCAUCAAGAGCUCUUCUGUGUCCCCGUCAGCCAGUUUCCGAGGUGCUGAGAAGCACAGGAACUCAACAGACUAUUCUUCUGAUAGCAAAAAGCAGAAAACUGAAGAGAAAGAGAUUGCAGCUCGUUAUAAUGAAAAAUCUACUACUCCAGUUUCCAAGUCCAGUACCCCUACUCCACGAACUGAUGCACCAACCCCAGGCAGCAAUUCCACUCCCGGCCUAAGGCCCGUACCCGGAAAACCACCAGGAGUUGACCCUUUGGCUUCAAGCCUGAGAACCCCGAUGGCUGUUCCGUGUCCAUACCCAACCCCUUUUGGGAUUGUACCCCACGCUGGUAUGAACGGAGAGCUUACCAGCCCUGGGGCCGCCUAUGCCGGGCUGCACAACAUCUCCCCACAGAUGAGCGCUGCUGCUGCCGCCGCCGCUGCUGCCGCUGCCUACGGAAGGUCCCCAGUGGUUGGCUUUGACCCACACCAUCACAUGCGAGUCCCAGCGAUACCUCCCAACCUGACGGGCAUUCCCGGAGGAAAACCAGCAUACUCCUUCCACGUCAGUGCAGAUGGUCAGAUGCAGCCUGUCCCCUUCCCGCCCGAUGCCCUCAUUGGACCCGGGAUCCCCCGACACGCUCGCCAGAUCAACACCCUGAACCACGGGGAGGUGGUGUGCGCCGUGACCAUCAGUAACCCCACGCGGCACGUGUACACGGGCGGGAAGGGCUGCGUCAAGGUCUGGGACAUAAGCCACCCUGGUAACAAGAGCCCAGUAUCUCAACUCGACUGCCUGAACAGGGAUAACUACAUCCGUUCCUGCAGAUUGCUCCCUGAUGGGCGCACCCUAAUUGUCGGAGGGGAAGCCAGCACUCUGUCCAUCUGGGACCUGGCGGCUCCCACUCCCCGGAUCAAGGCGGAGCUGACUUCGUCUGCCCCCGCCUGCUACGCCCUGGCCAUCAGCCCAGACUCCAAGGUCUGCUUCUCCUGUUGCAGCGACGGCAACAUCGCCGUGUGGGACCUGCAUAACCAGACACUAGUCAGGCAGUUCCAGGGCCACACGGACGGAGCCAGCUGUAUCGACAUUUCCAACGAUGGCACGAAGCUCUGGACGGGCGGACUGGACAACACGGUCAGGUCCUGGGACCUACGUGAGGGGCGGCAGCUGCAGCAGCACGACUUCACGUCCCAGAUCUUCUCUCUGGGCUAUUGCCCAACGGGCGAGUGGCUGGCGGUGGGGAUGGAGAACAGCAACGUGGAGGUGCUGCACGUCACCAAGCCCGACAAGUACCAGCUGCACCUGCAUGAGAGCUGUGUGCUGUCGCUCAAGUUUGCCCACUGUGGCAAGUGGUUUGUGAGCACUGGGAAGGACAACCUGCUGAAUGCCUGGAGAACACCUUAUGGGGCCAGUAUAUUCCAGUCCAAAGAAUCCUCUUCGGUGCUCAGCUGUGACAUCUCGGUGGAUGACAAGUACAUUGUCACCGGCUCUGGGGAUAAGAAAGCCACAGUUUAUGAAGUUAUUUAUUAAGGACAAAUCUUCAUGC